AUCACCGUCAGGGCUUUGAAACACUGGAUGUUCAGUCUUUGCUUAUUAAAGGAAAAACAGUGGUCCACAGUCUCGGGGUCAGGCUCUGCCAAGGUGUCAGCACCACAGGUGGUGACCGGAAGCCGGGGUGUUUGACUCGCUGCGGAUUGACAGUUGUUGCUGCAGAGGAGCCGUCAUGUCGCUGAGGUUUACAGAUGAGGAGUUUCAGAGCGCGUGGGGGGAGCUGGAUGAGCCGCAGCUGGAGGGAGGAUGGGAGCUCUUCACCGAGACGAUGGGAGUCAAGAUCUACCGCCUCUAUGACAAGGAAACUGGGCUUUAUGAGUACAAAGUCUUUGGUGUGCUCACCACCUGCACUCCAGAGCUGUGUGCAGAUGUCUACAUGGACCUGACCUAUCGGAAACAUUGGGAUGGAUACGUGAAAGAGCUCUAUGAGAAGGACUUCGAUGGACAGGCAGCGAUCUAUUGGGAGGUGAAAUACCCCUUUCCUCUGUCGAACAGAGAUUAUGUGUAUGUCAGGGAGAGGAGAGACCUGGAUGUGGAUGGCAGGAAGAUCUUCGUGAUCCUGGCUAGAAGCUCUCCAGAGACGCCGUGUCCAGAAAAGAGCGGCGUGCUGCGGGUCAAAGACUACAAGCAGAGCGUUGCCUUGGAGAGCGACGGAGCCUGUGGAACUAAAGUUUUCUUGAAUUACUUCGACAACCCCGGUGGUAUGAUUCCUACCUGGCUGGUGAACUGGGCAGCUAAGAGUGGGGUUCCAGGUUUCUUAACAGACAUGCAGAAGGCCUGCGGCAAUUAUAAAACCCACUGCCAGAAGAAAUGAGUGCAGCGAAACAAGACAGGGGCUCAUGCACAAGGGCUUUCAUCCAUUUUAUUGUUUUAGCUUUUGGGAGACGUUUUGAUGUGUGUUCAGAUUUGACUUUUCUGUGUGGGUAUGAAUGUGGCAUGGUGUGGGCUGCUACUUGUCGUAGCAUGCUAUUGACUCAGGCAUGAUAUGCAUGACCAGCCACCCUCAUUAAUAGGCUGGUGUGAAUCAAUUCUGUUCCGUUGUGCUGUAUUACCCAAUACUGUAUGUUCUCCCCUGUGAAAUCAUUGUAAGCUCCAGUCCCCUUCAGGAUUUAGGAGCUUUCACAGGAUAUGUUUUAAGCGUUGUAUAAAAACUCAAAUGUAUUAUUACUUUGGGCCCUGGGUGGUGAAACAAUGAUCAGGAAAAGUUGCAUCUUCUUGCAUAGCUCUCACUCCCUUUUCCUUGUUUAGAUUUUGUUUACAUGAUAAAUGUGACAGAUGCAAUAUAAUUUGAUGUAUUGAAUGUCUGGUCACACUGGAGUCUACUCAUUGUCCUUUUCAAUUCACUGGAAUUCACUCAUUUGCUGUAAUGAGGUGAAAAUGACAAAUCUGCACUUUUAAAGGAAUGUCGCCUUGUAGACUUCUUGCGGUUCCUUUCCAUGGGUACAUUACUUAUGCAAAAGUCAUGUUAUGGAUGCACAUGGUCAAAGAUACAGUAUCUGAGUACUGUAUUUAGGCUGAACCUCAGUACCUCAGCACUCCUGUUGAUACAGAUGAAUAUGGUUUAAAAUGGUCAUGGAAUGCUAUUACUGUGUAAUAUUGCUGUGUUGUUGAAAUUAAUAAACUUUAAUCUGACAUUUAGAGGUGUAAACUGUCUGUUACGUUUUCGCCCAGCAUGCCAU